AAUGGCUUAAGUAUUUAAUUCAAAGGUUAGCAUUAUCACAAAAUCAGAGAUCAGAUAUGAGGGUACUAUUUAUUAAAUUAAUCCUUAAUAAUAAACAAUUGCAUUGAAAGAUGUACGUUCAUUUGGAACGGAGGGUAGAAGGCCUGGUAUAAUUUUAAAUAAUUUAUUUAAGAUCAUGAAAUACCCCCAAAUUAAUAAAGCUAUGAUAUUUUAGUGUUUAAAGCAGCUGAAAUUAAAGGUUUCAAAACUUUAGAAGAGAAUAAGUCUGAAGAUCUGAAAUUCGAGAAUGUCAAAUAAGAAAAUUAAUCCUAAUAACCUUAAAAUCUCCAACCACCUUAAAAUAUUGAAUAAAUAGAGCAGUAAUAAGAGUUUAGAGGGUAAUUCUAAAAUAAUUUCCCAUAAAAUUAAUAAAUAAAAUCAAAUGGAACAAAUCCUAGAGCUUUUGAUUUCGAUGAAAUGCUUUAAAAAGCAAAUGAAAUAGAGAAAAUUAAAAAGCAAGAGGGUAAACCUAAAUAUAAUCCUACUUCGUUUUUCGAUUCUCUUUCUACUAGUACUUAAAAAUAAGAUAGAUAAACUCAACAAAGAAAUUAAAAUUAGAUUGACACAGAUACUUUUGGUAAUUUUUAUAAAUAAAGAUAACAUAACAACAAUAAUAAUAAUGGAUAAAGGAGAAAUAACAAUAACAAUAAUUAUAAUUAUAAUAAUAAAAAUAAUAAUAAUAAUAAUUAUUAUAGAAGAAAAAAUAAUGAUCCAUAAAGAGUUGUUUAUGUAGAAAAAUAAUCUUUAGAAUAAUAUUAAUAAUAACCAUAAUCAUAAUAAUAAUAACAAUAAUAGCAAUGA